AGAGAGGAGAGAGAGAGUAGAGAGUGAGAGAUCAGACUCCGUAGCUCUGUGUUCGACGAGUGAUGGCGAAGCUUCAAUCCACUCUCCAAUGGCUGAAAAUCAAAGAGGGAAGAUCGAUAGAUUCGCAUUACAGAGUUCAACGAAAUAGCCUUUUAUCUGUUUUAGUAUGUCUCUUCACCAUUUUUCCGUUCUCCAGAUCGAUCCAACUGGACGGGUUACAGUUUUGUGCGUAUGGAGAGUCGGAAUCAUGUGGGUCAUCAUCGACGACGACGAAGCUCCUGAUCAAGGGAGGAACUGUUGUAAAUGCUCAUCAUCAAGAAGUGGCCGACGUCUAUGUGGAGGAUGGGAUAAUUGUUUCUGUACAACCUAACAUCAAUGUUGGUGAUGAUGUUACCGUGCUUGAUGCCACUGGGAAGUAUGUCAUGCCAGGUGGAAUUGAUCCUCACACGCAUCUAGCAAUGGAGUUUAUGGGUACCGAGACCAUUGAUGACUUUUUCAGCGGUCAGGCUGCUGCAUUGGCAGGGGGAACUACAAUGCACAUUGACUUUGUCAUACCAGUUAAUGGGAGUUUGACUGCAGGUUUUGAAGCCUACACAAAAAAGGCAAAAAAAUCAUGCAUGGAUUAUGGUUACCAUAUGGCCAUUACAAAAUGGGAUGAAGAUGUUGCAAGAGAGAUGGAAAUCAUGGUUCAGAAGAGAGGUAUCAACUCUUUCAAGUUUUUCCUUGCGUACAAGGGGUCACUUAUGAUCACUGAUGACCUUCUAUUGCAAGGCUUGAAGAAAUGCAAGUCUCUUGGUGCCUUGGCUAUGGUUCAUGCAGAAAAUGGAGAUGCUGUUGCAGAAGGACAAAAUAGAAUGAUUGAUCUUGGUAUCACUGGUCCCGAGGGACAUGCCCUUUCAAGGCCCCCUGUGCUGGAAGGAGAGGCAACUGCUAGAGCCGUUCGUUUGGCUGGGUUUGUUAAUGUACCACUUUAUGUUGUUCAUGUGAUGAGCGUUGAUGCGAUGGAAGAGAUCGCCAAAGCUCAGAAAUCAGGCCAGAAGGUUAUUGGAGAACCAGUAGUUUCUGGACUUGUACUUGAUGAUUCAUGGCUUUGGAAUCCUGACUUCACCAUUGCUGCGAAGUAUGUCAUGAGUCCUCCAAUAAGGAAAUCGGGGCAUGAUAAAGCUCUACAAGCUGCCCUUUCAAGAGGAGUUUUGCAGCUUGUAGGAACUGAUCAUUGUACAUUCAACUCCACACAGAAAGCUCUUGGUACUGAUGACUUCCGAAAAAUUCCAAAUGGUGUCAAUGGUAUAGAAGAAAGGAUGCAUCUCGUCUGGGAAACAAUGGUGGAAUCUGGCCAAAUAUCAGUUACUGAUUAUGUGCGAAUAACAAGCACUGAAUGUGCUCGGAUUUUUAACAUAUAUCCAAGAAAGGGAGCAAUACUUGCUGGAUCUGAUGCGGAUAUAAUCAUACUCAACCCAAAUUCAAGUUUCGAGAUAACUGCAGCUACUCACCACUCCAGAUCAGAUACAAAUGUCUAUGAAGGACGCAAAGGGAAGGGAAAAGUAGAAGUGACAAUUGCAGGAGGAAAAGUUGUAUGGGAAGGUGGUGCUCUCAAGGUUCAACCUGGUUGGGGAAAAUACAUUGAGAUGGCCCCUUUUAGUUAUCUUUUUAAUGGUAUUGAAAGGGCUGAUGCCACAUACCUGUCAUCUCUAAAUGCUCCUGUUCGCCGUUUCAAAGCUGCAACUUGAGUUGCAGUUAUCAUUAUUCUUUUCUUGGUAAGUAA